UUUUUGACAGUUUUGUUUUUUUAUUUGGCUCAGUGUAAAGAAAUUAUCUGUCUGUUUGGGGUUAUUUAAUAAUAAAAACAGAAAAUGGCUUGCAGACGCAUUGCAAAAGAACUGAAAGUUCUUAGCCGAAAUAGUAAUAAAUUGUAUGCGUUAGUUUCUGGGCGUAAUUAUAGCGAUCGAUCGGAUAUUGACAAAGUAACACACACUGGACAGGUAUUUGCUGAGGAUGACUAUCGCAAUGUACGUUUCACAAAUGCCAAACGUUAUGUUAACGAAAAUUGGGGAAUCGAAUUAAUAGAUAAAAUACCACCCAAAGAAGUUACUGAACGUGUUGUUUACUGUGACGGCGGCGAUGGUGCACUUGGUCAUCCAAAAGUUUACAUCAAUUUGGACAAACCUGGCGCACAGAUAUGCGGCUAUUGUGGCUUAAGAUUUGUUAAGAAGGAUGAACACCAUUAGAAGCAAUUAUUUAAUAAUUUCAAAGCAGACAGCGUUAUUUUAAAAUUUUAAAUAAUUUGCAUAUAAAUUAAAUUGUUCAAAUUAAUCAGAAAAAUUAAUAAAAACCAAAUAAAAAAAAAAAUCAAAAA